UUUUCGGCGCGACGACAGUUAAAUUACAGAGACCUCAAAGAUUUGCCGCCUUCACUUCUCAGGGAAGGAUUCGCCAGUUCGACGAUUGCACGCCGGCGGAGAGAGGAGAUGCCAUGAUUCGGUCCUCCGCCGCCGCUACUAUCUUACCGUGCUUUCCUACCCAACCUUCCUUCCACUUCCCUUCUAAGUCAGCGAGAGGAGGACCAGUUCCCCCGCCGUGCGUUUCUAACCGUUCCGGCGAGCUCAGUUGCCGCUACACAUCCUCUGUUCAGGCCAGAUUACCAGGGGAAUCUUCUUCACUACGUAAACAUAAUCAAGAUAUUGAGCCGAAUUUCCACCCUUUUAGGUCAGCGAACGGCAGCAGUUCAGAGCGUGGUAAUGCUGAUUCCUUCGUCGUCGACAAUUUGCUCUACUUGCUUCGGUUCUCCACCAAAUACUCUGACGUCGAACUUGCCAGAGCGGUGCACGCUUCGAUUCUCAAGAUUGAAGAAGACAGUCAUCUUGGAAACGUUCUAAUCGGAGCUUACCUCAAGCUGGGCCUUGUUCUCGACGCGUAUCAGGUAUUCAAGAACCUUUCCGAUCCCAAUGUAGUGUCUUACAGCAGUCUGAUUUCCGGUUUCUCGAAAUCGAAUCGAGAAAUUGAAGCUGGUGAACUCUUCUUUAGGAUGAGAAGUUCAGGGGUUGAGCCCAAUGAGUUCAGUUUCGUUGCUAUGCAAACGGCCUGUACGAGUGCUUCCAGAUUUGAAUUGGGAUGGCAAAUUCAUGCUCUGGCGAUCAAGAUGGGGUUUACAGAGUAUGUUUUCGUUGCUAAUGCGUUGAUGGCGUUGUAUGGAAAGUCCUGCCGGUGUUUAGAUUCUGCAAUCCAACUGUUCGAAGAAAUGCCUGAGAGAGAUAUCGUCGUGGAAUACAGUGAUUUCCAGUUUGGUAGAUGGCUCAUUGUACGAAAAAGCAUUGAAAUUUGGUCGUGAUUUGGUCAAGUUCGAUGAGUUUAGAGUCGACGAGCUGACCCUUUUGACUCUACUGCCUGCCUGCACCAGCUGCAAUGCUGUCAAACAAGGUAAGGAGAUUCACGGCCGCGCCAUGAGACUCGGGUUAGCAGGAAGUCUGAGUCUUUGCAACGCCAUGAUUGGAUUCUACACCAAGUGUGGAACUAUAGAAAAUGCGUUGACUGUCUUUGACACGACGCAAAUCAGAGAUGUAAUCACUUGGACGCAGUUGAUCACUGCUUACAUGGAAUUUGGUCUCGUGGAUUCAGCCGUGAAGACUUUCGAGAAAUGCCUGAGAGAAACUUCAUCUCUUACAACGCCAUUUUAGCAGGGUUUUCCCACAACUCCCAAGGGCUGAAUGCACUGAACUUCUUCACGAUGAUGGUGCGGUUUAGGGUUUUAGGGUUCAGUCUAACCAGCGUUAUCACUGCAUGUGGGCUGUUGGCUGAUCUGGAAACCAGCAGGAAAAUCCAUGGUUUCCUCACAAAGUUCGGUUAUGGUUCGAAUGCUCACAUCGAAGCGUCUUUGCUUGAUAUGUACACUAGGUGUGGAAGAAUGAGAGAUGCAGAGAAAUUGUACUUCAACCAGAACAACUCCAUUGCUCUAAACUCGAUGAUGAGUGGGUAUGCACGAGCACGAAAUGGGCAGCCGGACGAGGCUGUUUCUCACUUCCGUCGAAGUCUAUCAGAAGGCAAGCUAGUUAUGGACGAAACGGCAUGGACCACAACGUUGGGAGUCUGUGGAGCUCUAGGCUUUCGGGAGCUCGGUAAACAAAUCCAUUCCUUUGUCGUUAAAGCAGGCUUUGGAGCUGAUUUAGGGGUGGGGAACUCUUUAGUGAGCAUGUAUUCCAAGUGCGGCGAAAUGGAUGAAGCGAUCAAAUCGUUUGAUGCAAUGCCAGUUCGUGAUGUGGUUUCGUGGAAUAGUUUGAUCGCAGGCCAUGUUCUUCACCGAGAAGGGGACAAAGCUUUGACUAUCUGGUCAAGGAUGGAGAAAGCUGGCGUGAUACCGGAUUCCAUAACGUUUGUGCUACUCAUUGCAGCCUACAAACACACAUCCUCGAACUUGGUCGACCAUUGUCGUACAAUGUUUCUGUCGAUGAAGCCAACUUACCAAAUUGAGCCAGCAUCAGAGCAUUAUGCUUCGCUUGUCGGCGUGUUGGGAUCCUGGGGUUUCAUCGAAGAGGCAGAGAAAAUGAUUCUGGAGCUGCCAUUCGAGCCUGAAGUUUCAAUAUGGAAAGCUCUACUCGACAGCUGCAGGCUGCACGUGAACACAGCAGUCGGAAGAAGGGUUGCCAAAAAGCAUCCUAGCGGUGGAGCCUCGAGACCCAUCGACAUUCGUGCUUGUAUCGAAUCUGUACUCUGCAUCAGAGGCCUGGAAGUACUGCUACUGGAAUGCAUGAGGUCCGGGUACGAACCGGGCACCAGCUUCGUCCUCCACGAAGUGGAAGAGCACCAGAAGAAGGAUCUCUUGUUCUACCACAGCGCGAAGCUAACCGCGACAUACGGCCUCCUGAUGACGAGCCCAGGGCAGGUUAUCCGGAUCGUGAAGAACGUCCAUGUCUGUGGCGACUGCCACAGCUUCUUGAAACACGUGUCGGCGGUGUCCGAGAGAGAGAUAUCGCUGAGGGAUGGUUCUGGGUUCCAUUUCUUCUCAGAUGGGCAGUAUUCCUGCAGAGAUUACUGCUGA